AGAGAAUACCCCGACCUCCUCUAUUUUUGUUAUAAUUUUACCCCUCUCGGCUCUCGAGUCUCUCCACCACCGAAUCCAACCCCCCUAUAAAUUAUAAAAACCCCCUCCUUCCCAAGAACUUUCGCCAAAAUCCUCCCCUUCCGCUCGCUGUCGCUGCGAUGAUGGCCUCCUCCCCGUCCCCGCCCUUGCUCCCCAUCUCCAAUCCCCAGGCCGGCGGCGCCGCCCCCUCCUCCGGCGCCAACGGCGCCGCCGCUCCGAUCGCCACCCCGGCCUUCCGCCUCUUCCUCGCCCGGCUUUCCGACUCCGUGCGCCGCUCCCUCUCCAAUCGUCGCCCCUGGUCGGAGCUCCUCGACCGCUCCGCCUUCUCCCGCCCGGACUCCCUCUCCGAUGCCGCCUCCCGCAUCCGCAAGAACCUCGGCUACUUCCGCGUCAACUACAUCGCCCUCCUCGCCGCGGUCCUUGCCCUCUCCCUCCUUUCUCACCCCUUCUCCCUCCUCGUCCUCCUCGGCCUCUUCGCCGCCUGGUGCUUCCUCUACUUAUUCCGCCCUGCCGAUCCCCCCCUCGUCCUCUUCGGCCGCACCUUCUCCGACCGCGAGACCCUCGGAGGUCUUGUCCUCCUCUCCAUCUUCGUCAUCUUCCUCACCUCCGUCGGUUCCCUCCUCAUCUCCGCCCUCCUGGUUGGCGCCGCCAUCGUCUGCGCCCACGGAGCCUUCCGCAUGCCCGAGGACCUCUUCCUUGACGACCAGGAUCCGGGUGGCGCCGCCGCGGGGUUCCUCUCCUUCCUCGGCGGCGCCGCCUCCUCCGCUGCGUCUGCCACCGGCCCCGUCGUCGCCGCCCGCGUCUGAUGAUGAUGUCGGUCUGAUGGUGAGGCUAUGGGGUUUUCCCUUUUCCCCUUAUUUCCUUUCUUUCCUUGUAGGGGAAGGAAAGAUUCGUUGAUCUAGGGUUUGGUUGGUUCUUAUUCUUUUACUACUAUAUAUUUAUAUAUACAGAUCGGAAUAUAGAAUACUAUUCUGGCUUCUUGUAAGUUUUUUGUUGAUGAGUGCUUACAAUUCGAUGUCUCCUCUCCUAGAUCUAUCUAUCUGUUGGAAGGAUAAAGUUGACAUGUUCUUUAAUAUUUAUACACACAUGUACAUUUUGAAUGAUUCCCCUGCCAUAAUGUAGUGAUAUGAUGCGGUUGUUCUUGUUCAAGGUUA